GAGGAAGCAGUAACACCCGCCAGCUCACGCAGAGAGAAUUCAAACUUCUACUUGAAGAGAUCAUACAGCUGCAUCUUGAUCAGAAAAGAUGGACAGCAAAUGUAACUGCUCGACCAGCGGUGAUAGGUUUCUAAAUCCUAUCCUCUACAACAUCUUGAGCCAAAUGGAGACCGGCAGACCAAGCCAAGACACCCUCAGCAACACCUCAGCUCCUCACAAAUGCAACUGCGAGGUGCGGCGGAUGGUGUGCCUAAUCAGAUCCUCAGAGGUCUGCAAGGAAGCUUCUGUAGUCCUGGUCAAAACUGUCCACUUCAUGAGAAACUUACCAGCUUUCAACCAGCUGCCACCAAGUGACCAGUAUGCUCUUCUUAAUAGCUGCUGGGCGCCACUCUUCAUUCUGGGUCUGGCCCAGGAGCAUGUGGACUUUGAUGUGACGGACGUUCCAGCUGACAGCAUGCUGAAGAGGAUUCUCCUGAACCGCCAGGAGAGCCCGGAGAUGGAGAGGGAGCAGCCUGCCAUGGCAGGUGUUAGCAAACUGAAAUGCUGUCUCAAGAAGUUUUGGAGUUUGGAUUUGAGCCCAAAGGAGUAUGCAUAUCUGAAAGGGACCACAAUAUUUAAUCCAGAUGUACCAGAGUUACAGGCAGGCCUGUUUGUAGAAGGACUGCAGCAGGAAGCUCAGCACGCCUUGAAAGAGUUGGUCCAGCUCCUUCAUCCAGGGAACCAGGAGCGCUUUGCUCGGAUCCUGCUCACAGCCUCCAUGCUUCGGGGCAUCACGCCCAACCUCAUCAUCGAGCUGUUCUUCCGGCCUGUGAUUGGCCAGGCCAACCUGCUGGAGCUUCUGGUUGACAUGCUCUUCUGCAGAAAUUCGUAGUGGUCCUCAAGACACUGGAGAAUGUUCAAUUGUCAAAGUGAUCAUAUGUUUUUGUUUAUUACACCCCUGCAUUGCUGCUCUCAAACCCCAAAAAUCGACAAAAGAAAUUGUUAUUUUUCUACAUGGGAUUAGGCUUUGCUUCCAUUUUUUAAAGAAGCUGAAACCACUUUAGCCCAGACUGAGCAGCAUCCUCCACAGAAAAGAAAACUUUGUCUUUCCACAGACUGUGCCCUACAGUUAGUAUACUUGAUCUUCUUUUCUGUUGUUUUGUUGUUUUAUAUAAAUGUUGUUUGCUUCGAAUGAAGACUUGAAAUAAAUAUAUUUUUGUACAUGAA